GGCUUACCUGCACGGCUCGGAGCUCGUGGCCCGGUUCCAGAGGCGAUGCGGACUCUUCCUCGUCGACGCCGCGCGUCACCAGCGCCCGGAUCAGAACCCCAACCACUGUGAAGGCAAAGAGAACCGGGGAGCCGUCGGUGUAAGUGGGACAGAAGCUGUUCUUCCCAGUGUGUCGAAGCAUGAUUUUAAUUUAAAAACAGAGACCACACUGGCCAUCGUAGAGACGUAAGUAUUUUCAUUUGACUCAGUGUGAGAUUCCUUUUAAAAAGGAAUGAUUGGACCAAUAGCUGGGCUGCUUGAGGAGUCAGGUGUGCAACAGGUUGACUCAGCCUCCGUUUACACACCGAACCAACCAAACCGGCUUCUCUGGUCCGUCAGCCACCAGAUCCCCAUCGGCACAAGAUGUAGAGUUGCAUUGCAGGGAGGGGUCUCUCAUGCAACUCUUCAUGGAGGCUGGACCACGCAGAUGAACACGUGGGUGGAGGUUGAGGAUCAGCUUGGACACUGUUGCACCUUAAUUACUCAAAUAGUCAAAUCCAUAAAAGGAACAGACGGAAAAUCCAAAUAGCGUGACUUUGUUUUACAUACCUCUACCUCCUGUAGUUUACCUACCUGUAGUUUACCUGUUCAAACAGUAAUAUGAUAUAAUUUAUGGCUCUCGCCACGUUGAUGUAACAAUGACGUCAUCAAGGUUUUCUGGGCUGGGUCUACAGAUAAGUAACCGGGAGUCGGCCACAUGAAUCCGAGGUGUGUGGAAUUUGAAGUGAAAGUCCUUGCGUUGCAUCAUGGGAAGUGUAGGAUCCAGUCUUUCUGGAACUCGAUGCUCACCAGUGGCUAAAGGCCUCGACAGCUGGCAGCUUGGUAUUUAUUUAAAUGUGAUGUAAAAGAAGCUGCAAAUCAAAGCGUGUUAACAUGCAUCACAGGCAUCAUAAAAAUACCCAAACUGCUUCCAUCGUAACUUUAAAAAUCCCAUCUUCCUCGGACAUGAAUCAUUCCCAUUACCUCGUGACGCUGUCCUGACCUUUCGAUGUCACCCAAACUGGAAAAAUCCACUCUUAAAUUAAACGUUUUUAAUUGUAAUGCUCCGACCGGCCACUGAAGAUGGAUCAUAUCAACUGUACUGGAGUCGGAGCCUUUGAAUCCUUAUAUUCUGGUGUGGGGAUGAGAUCCAUCCUUCAUUGUACUGAAGGCCCAACCAGUGACGCUUCCACGCCGCCGAUAGUUCUGUUGAACCAGCUCUCGCUCUGCAUAGCGAUCGGAACAUCUCAAAGCUCAGAUGGUUUCCAUAAUACCAGAAAAGGGUCCUUUCAUUUUCCUGCACUUGUGGGCCCCCUUCACACUCAUCCUUGUUUCCUUGUUUCCUCCCUGCAGGCAGGCAGCGGGCCUCGCUACCAGGUGACCAACUGGCCUUUGCACUUCCUCUUCCUGGUGUCGGCCGGCCUGGGGCACGAACUCUUCUACAUCACCUGCCUGCCGAGCAUCCACUGGAGCCUGGACCCGUUCCUGUGCCGACGCCUCGUCAACAUGUGGACUUUGGUGAUGUACGUGGGCCAGGUGACGAAGGACGUGCUGAAGCUGCCCCGCCCCCUCUCGCCCCCCGUGGUCAAACUGGAGACGCGCGUCGACGCCGAAUACGGGCUGCCCUCCACCCACGCCAUGGCCGCCACCGCCAUCUCCUUCACGGUGCUGCUGAGCGCCCCGUCCAGGUUACAGUUCCAGUUCGAGGUGGGUCUGCUGAUUGCUCUGACGCUGUCGUCUUUGGUGUGUCUGAGCCGCCUCUACACCGGCAUGCACUCCGUUUUGGACGUGCUCUGCGGCGCUCUGCUCUCCGCCCUCAUCCUCGCCCUCACCUUCCCGUACUGGGAGGCCUUCGACCGCCUCCAGCUCACCAGCGGCGCCUCCCCCGUGGCGGCGCUCCUGCUGCCGCUCCUCCUCGGCUACACCUACCCGCGGGUGGAGCGCUACAGCACCACGCGGGGGGACACCGCCACCAUCCUGGGGGCCGGCGCCGGCUGCUCGGUGGGCUACUGGGCCAACGAGCGGCUGGGCCUCACCUUCGAGCCCCGGGGGCCGCUGCCGGCGCCGCUGCCCGCGCUCACGCCCGGCGCCCUGGCGCGAGGGGCGGCGCGCUUCCUGGUGGGGGUCGCGGCCCUGCUGGCGACUCGGCAGGCGGCGAAGGCGUCCAGCCUGCGGGCGCUGUACGCGUGGUACGGCGUGCGGGGGGGCGACCGCGCCACCGGCGCCGCCGCAGCCAGGAGGCGAGAGAUCGAAGUGCCGUACAAGUUCUUCACGUACACGGCCGUGGGGCUCGUCAACGCCGUACUGGUCAACAGGGUGUUCGUUCUACUGGGGCUCCUGUGACCCCCCCCAAAGACUCAUUUAUUUCACUGUGACAUCUGUGGACUUUUAUUUUAAGUGUGAAUGAAUGUAACUGAAUUAAAGUAAAAUGAAAAACUGUUACUGAUACUGUUGUUACCUCCUCAAAGCGGUGUGACUGGAACUCGCUGACUUCCUUUCAGCCCUCGUCCCUCGAUGUGACGGCGUGCGCUCAGAAGCCGAACGGGUCGGAGCACCUGUCAGACUGCGUUUUACGCGGCGGGCUUGUUAUCUGGCACA